AUGUCAAUGCGGACAGCUCAAUUAAGAGCUCUUAUUCAAUAUAUGCUGAUGGUCAAAAGAGCAAAGAAAAGAUUACAAUGGGCAGAGAGCAUGGAGCGAGGCGGUGGGAACGUUGCGGGAGCAGUCUCGCAGGAGCGCCGACUCCCACCACGGGGCCCCGCUCGCACCCAGCGGGCUGCGACGCCGGCGGCUGUGCCGCGCUCCCCAGGCAGGCACCGGGCGGCAUUCCCCGGAACAUCGCGCGGCACCUUCGUGGCGCUGGCCGCAUCCUGCCAGGGACAGGGUGACAGCCGUGACAGACUGAGGUCCUGCACAGAGGUCAGUGCCACCUGGAGAAGCCCACAAGGGACCCGGUGCUGGUGGCUGAGUGUGCCGGGGCCGUCCCACCUGGCCGCAGCUCCGUGGCCUCCCGCUUCCUGCGCUCCCCCCACCACCCUCCUCGGCACGGCUGGGGCCUCGCAGCUACAACCAGGAAACUAUAAAACUUUACAGAGUGCGGCUGGAGAGAAACAGGAAUUGCUGCAGCAACUGCCAGAAGGGCCAGCGUUAGAUUCACAAGAUUUUCCAGGGCUUGGACUCGCCAGGAAGGGAUUUAUCCACCUAGGAGGAGCUGUAAAAACUAAAAUUAAAUUCUUCAUCUCGGAGAGGGAGGGGGGAGAGGGAAGAAAAUGCUUGACCUCCCUCCUGAAUGCUCUGCUGGAGGCUAAGGGGCUGAGGGGGACAUGGAGCAUCCAUGGCUACACCUGCGGCACCCUGGGGGUCCUGCCCCAAAUCCUGCACGGGGGUGCUGUGUGUCCCGGACCCUCUGGUCCUUUGCCUUCUGGACGCCAUCGGGGGGGGGAGCUCUGCGGGUGCCAUGCAAGCCCUGGCCCCAAAGCCUCCACUUGGGGAAGUGGCUGGGAGAAGCCGGGCUGCUGCUCCCGACGUGCGGAGGCAAAGAUCAAACGGCGCUCGCUUGGCAACCUCACAGCCCUGUGCCAGAGGACAGGGGGGUGUCCGGUGCUCGUCUUCCAGGCUGGGGAACCAAACCGAUGUGCUGUGUGCUGGGAAGCCCGCAUCCAACAAGUUUAGGUGCAGAACCACCUUGUCCGAGAGCCCGGCCGCUCCAUGCGGACACCCCGGUGCCGCGCUGCUGGCCGUCCCUCCCCAGGACCAGCACACUGGAUUUGAUUUGCAUCAUUUUCCUUUUAUCUGAGUUUUUUUUUUCCCCCCACUGCCUGCCACAGAUUUUACACUGAACGCAUCAGAGCACUGCUGUGAAAGUAUGUAUGGGGAGCGCUCUUUUGUCGCUUAUUCUGGUUUUCUUUCUUUUUUUUUUUUUUUUUUUUUUUUGCCCAUUACUGCCAGUGCAGGCUCUUAAAAUAACUAGCUACUUUAACCCGCGUCCCUUUGUUCCCUGCCCGAGCACGGCUGGGUGCCAUCUUGCGAGGGAGGGAGGUGAAGUGUCAGGGCCCUGCGGAGAGCUUGAAAGCAGCUUUGUGGUGGCGGGGACAGGGUGCUGCGCCCCGAGCCCCUCCGUCCCCUGGUGCGCCUGGCAGCGUGGGAGCUCCCCGAUCCCUCUGGCCCAGGCUGUGGGUUUCCCUGGGGGAGAAUUGGGGUGGAGGCCACGUGGCUGCCUUGACCCCAGUGUGGGAAAGGGCAAUGGCAAAGCAGGUCAGGGGCUGGAUCAGGCCCCAUGGGGAAGCGAUGGCAAA